AUGCAUGAAACUUCUGAAGAGUCCACAGUUCUUAAUUCUGGUAAUAAAGCGACAAAUAAAGAAUUGGGUCCAAGUAUUUGGUACAACUUCAAAUCUUCUAAAAAGCCACUGAUUAAAUUAAAAAUCCGAAAGCGAGCAUCACGUAAAAGCCUGGGUGAUAAGUGUGUGACCUUCAGUGAGUGCCCACCUAUAGCACUAUGUAUGGGGGGUAUCUGUUCCUGCCCAUAUGACUAUUAUAGCUAUGCUCCACUUUCUCAACCAGAAAUGGCUGUUUGUCGAAAAAAGAUUAAAUUUGGCUUCUUUUGCUCUCUUUCAGAAGACUGUUUAGGAUAUGAUUCCAAUUCACUUUGUUCCGAUGGCAUAUGCAAGUGUAUAAAUGGAACGCAUUAUAUAGGAUCUCGCAACCUGCUUCCAUACCAUAAACGGUGUUAUAAAAUAUUAGAAAGAGAAGGUGAUGUAUGUGAAAUCGAUGAACAGUGUAGUCGACUAGCUGAUAAUCACCACAAGUGUCGUUGUGUAGGCAGAUGCGAUUGUGCCAGCAUCAAUCGCUAUGCAGGAUGCAGCAUUUGUCAUGAAAAUAUAAAAAGAACGUUUUUUGGCGGAGCCGCAUUUAUUGUGAUUUUACUCUCAUCCCGUGUGUUCUCGAAAAUGAGAACGCGAACUAGCUCACGACAGCAGCAGAAUAUUGCCUUGAAUGGUACAAGAGAGAGAUGCUAUCGAUUGAAUACGAGUCGCACAGUCCCGUCGGUGUCGUACACGCGUAGUAAUCUGAGAUCAAACAGACAUAUUACUACCUCUUUGCCUGAUGUGUUUUUAAUCGAGAGCCAUAGCCUGAUAGGUAUUCAUUCCUCAAACACAACAGACUUUUAUCCUCAGACCAGUCCAUCUACGACAGACCACUCUGGGGAGAGAAAUGAAGAUGCUCCUCCUUCUUAUGAAGACAUUGUUGGGGAUGAUCGCGUUGUGUGGAAUGAACCACCACCUGCUUAUCAUGAAGUUACUGCAAAAAGUCCAUAA